AGAUGGUGUUCUUGAUCUGAAAUAACAGUUGGGCUCCACUUGCCAACAAACCAGCAUGGCUAGACUUUGCCUGCAAGGGAGGAUGAAGAUGGGAAGGCACAAAUUAUUUUUCUGCUGCGCGUUGGUUCUGUAUAUCCUCUCCCAGCUGCACUACUACAAGGCCCUCCACUACAAGCCUAUGCUGAGAGAGCUGCAUGUCUCCUCUGUCAAUGCCCUGAGCUUCCUCUGGAGAGGGACGGGGAACCCUUCACACAAUGCUCACCCAGAGAGGUGGCCUCUCCCUGGGCCUGUACCCUCCGACACUGGCCUGUGGGAACCAGGGGAAUACCGGGAGGACCAGGGGAAUGCAAAGGGCCCGUGGGGCAAGGAGCAGCCUGACUCAGGGAAUGUAAACAGAAUGAUGGCCACUCUCCCAGACCCCAAAGGACCAUGGGGGGAACUUCACAAACGGAGCUUCCAUCUUCGCGAUGACCCCACCCCAUUCUUUGUGCACACCAAGUCUGGAGCAUAUUGCUUCAGAGAGGGGACAGAAAUGACUUCUCUCAAAGACCACUUAGGACAAAAGGUCCAGGCAGCCGGAGAGGGCCAGCGUAAGAUCCUGCAUGCACACCAAGAGGAACCCAAGUCAGCCCAAGGGAAAUCAGCCUGGGGAAAGAGGCUGGUGAAGUGUAUGUGUCGCCCAGGCUGGCACGGCCCUCACUGUGGCAUCCCCACCAUGGUGCAACACUCCAACCUGCCCACUAAGGGGCGUCUGACAUCCAGAAAGGUUCCUCGGAGGGUCAUCAAUGCCAUAAAUAUCAACCACGAGUUUGACCUCCUCCACGCCCGCUUUCACGAGUUGGCCGACACAGUGGACCUCUUCCUGGUGUGUGAGUCAAACUUCACGGCCUACGGAAAUUCCAAGCCACUGCACUUCCUGCGCCUUCUGCUCAACGGGACCUACGACUAUGUGUACCACAAGAUCCUCUACGUCUUCCUCGAUCACUUCCCUAAAGGCGGCCAGCAGAACGGGUGGAUCGCUGACGACUACCUACGAACAUUUCUAAGCCGUGACGGGAUGUCCAGGGUGCAAGGCGCCAGGCCGGAUGAUGUCUUCCUCAUCAACGACGCAGACGAGAUCCCGGCCCGCGAGGGCAUCCUUUUCCUCAAACUCUACGACGGCUGGACGGAACCUGUGUCCAUCCACAUGAGAAAGUCCCUGUAUGGUUUCUUCUGGAGGCAGUCCGGGACGCUGGACGUCCUCUCCGCCUGCACCGUCGCCAUGCUCUUCGCUGUCUACAAUGGAGACGGGAUAUCGCUGAGGCGUAGGGAAUACUUCUCCAUGCCAGGUUUCCGGAACUACCAGAGGAAGAGUGGACACAUCCUGGUGCAGUGGUCCAUUGGGAGUCCCGUCCACUACGCAGGCUGGCACUGUUCCUGGUGCUUCAGACCAGAGGGAAUCUCCCAAAAGCUCAUCUCUGCCCAGAAUGGAGACUUCCCCCGCUGGGGAGACUAUGUGGAAAAACGAGACAUGAACUACAUCAAGGGCUUGAUCCGGACUGGGGGAUGGUUCGAUGGCUCGGUGGGGGAGUACCCACCCACAGACCCUAAAGAGCCUAUGUACGCACCCAAAUAUCUAUUAAAGAACUUUCAGCUGUAUCGCUACGUACUUGAUAACCCAUAUGCCUGAAUCUGGUAGAAAACCGGUGAGGAUUAUUUUGUUUAAAUCUGUUUUAUAUUGUUUAAUACAAAUCCAGGUAUCCCUCACUAAAGCACUAUAGGCUUAUUUUAGCCGUCGCUUACUUUGACUACACAACUAUCUCAUAGCCUUCUUGCAAACUGAUCAUUUAUGGUGUACAAGUGAAUGAAUGUGAGGCCAAAAAGCAUAUGAUCCUGCCAAACAAUUGUCACAAUGCUUUUAGACAUUUUUGUAAUCUGUAUCCAUUGUUCAUUGAGGGAGACAUUUCUCGAGAAACAAAAAUCAAUUUAUUCUGCUAUGGUCUAGUGAUUCACAUCACGUCUGGUAAUUCAAUCUGUUCUAGACAGUCAACUUUACAUUUAUAAGCAAACAUAAUGGUUUCCUUGGUUUUGUCCUUAAAAAUGGAUUGCAAUUCUUCACCAUUUAAAGAAAACAUGAGAAUAAUAUUCCUACAGCUCCUAGGGACAUAUCCCCUGUAAAUAGGAUGUAUACCAACGACAACGAUUAAUGUAAUGGAGAGUUUAUCGCAAUGCUAUUGCUUAGUUAAUAAACAACAGACUGUCUGCCAUCAAUCGGAUCAGCCUUCGAUAUGACGCAAGUCAUUUGUUUCUGCCUGAAUGACAAUAGAGUAGACUGAGAGGCCUAUUCAAUGGAAACCAGUGAGUCAACAAUACAAACAAAAAUGAAUGAUGUUAUGAAUAUCUUAGUUCAUUCUUGUUUCGCACUGUAGACAUUGUUUUGUUGAGUAGCUACAUGAAUCCAAACCUACUAGCAGUAACAGCAGUAACAGGAGGACAUAAAGACAGACAAAAGUGCACAAAAAUAAGUCAUGUAUUACUUUUUUAACCUAAUUAUUAGUAUAUUUUUAGUUACAUGCCUCUAUUCACAGUGCUUGGCUUGGGCAGGAGCUCACCAGAGCUGAGUCCCGGCACCUCAAAUGUUCUACUGCUUGGGCUCC